GGUAAGAGCAUGAAGUUAUCUCCCUUAGUUCGGAUCCGCCUUCAAUGUAUUCACUUACCGUUUCUUUGCUAAAAAAAUUCUGUAAAUAAAACAACUGUCUGUCCGUGUGUCUUUACUUCAACUGUGUUUCUAGUGGCACUCACUCUAGCUUCUUGAGUUUCAAAAAGCGGAAGGGUAACGACUGUCAAAAAAAUUGGUAGGGCUUACCUGAAGAAAUUAACUCUCCUAUCCCUGCUACUCUUACUUGAUAGGCGCUAACUUGGCAAGAUAAUCCUACAAAUUCCAGACUGUUUGAACUUACUUCUUUGACCAAGAUAUCAAACCACAUGCACAAUCCAAAUUCCAAUUACAAAAUGCUUGUUAUUACAGAACACUGAUGAAAUACCAGCUGCAUUCAAUAAUUUGUAAAUCAAUAUCAGUUUCCUGCCAUUUUACAUUCAUUUUGAGAAGGUUGUUGCUUAUUGACAGAUUUUGAAUAAUUUUCACAAUUAUGUUUGAUAGAAAAACAACUCACUAGCAUUAACUGAUAAACUUUAAUAAACUGAUGACCAUAGGUAAAUUGAUCAAUAGAGAGUAAUAAUGAUAUUUUAACGAUUAUUGAUGAAUAUCAUUCAGUUAUCAUUUGGGAAUUAUCACUAAUUAUGGAACACAUAUAUUGGUAACAAAUACUGGUUGAUAGGUAGAAAACUGAAAGUCAUUGACAGAUAACCCUCAGAUGAUUUGAAGAAAAUAGGUAUGAAAUUGUCAAAAAACAGCUGGUAUUCUAAGAGUUAAGGAAUUCUUUAAAAAGUUGAGAAUGCGUUUUUUUUUAGUCAAUUCAUUCAACUUUAUUUGAUGUUGUGUGAUAUCUUGCAUAAACUAUAGAACAGUAUUUAAUGUCAAUUUUUAGAGAUAUGAUUUACGACCCACUUGAAUAAUGAAUGAGUUAAUCAGCCUAUAUUUUAUUCAUAUACAGUAAUGUUAAAAUGUAAAUUACAUGAGCCUAUUGACCUGGAUUGUAAUUUUAAUUCACUUUUAAUUAAAUUCACAGCCAAUUUUCUUGAAAAAAGCAUGAACAUAACACAAAAUGCUUGUUCUAUAAACAUAUAGUUUUAUACCCAUUGCAAGAAAUCAGUCAGUGCAUUUCAUGUGCCAAAAAUACUGCUGAGGUACAGAACAAGAAACUCCCAUCCACAAUCCACUUUUGAUUCCUGUUUGCUGUGCUUUCACUUACAUUGCAAGUGUUGUUGAGAAAGACAUAAACAUGAUAAAUUCUUAUUUAUUUUCCCCUACAAAGCUCAAGCUUAUCUUUUAAUAUAUUUCAUAUGUAUUUUUUUUUUGUAUUCAUAUGUACUUCCUAUUUAAAGUUUUCCUGAAAUUCCAAAUGAGUUUCACCAAACAUACCUUAUACUCCUCCAUCUUCAUGAUAGUGUGUCUCUGGUACUCGUUUCUUGUAGAAGUAUUGUCCUUACAACAAUAAAAUACUGACAUUCAAAGACCAUAAUGAACAAAUUUUUUUUUGUGAUAUUUUGGCUUCUUCAAUUCCAAAAAAAGUGUCAACAGAAUGAAUGUAUAAAUUAAUUCAUAACAAUUUAAUAGGUUAAAACAAAAAAAAAAUUCAUAAAUAAAUUAAACUGAGAUAACUUCUUGAAGUAUCUCACUCCUGAGUUUCCUUAUUCCUUAAACAUUAACCUAGACUUGUUUCUUUCUAAAAUAAUUCCCAAAACUAAUUCAAUUUUACUUGGUCUAACCAACUGGUUAUCAUUCUUUUGCUUGGAAUAGCAUCUUUGGUUUCAUAUUUCCUCCUUGGACAUUUUGAUCCUGUUUUUAGUUUUUUCCCUUAUAUUUUUUUAUUACUAUAAUGCACUUUGUGCCGUACUUUUUUUUAUUUGGGAUAACCCUCUAUUAACUCCGAUUUUUCUUUCCUUGAAUAAUUUCUUAAAUUUUACCCAUUUUCUUUGUAAAACAUUGCACCAAACCUAUAUCCUCUCUGAAUCAAAAAAAUCAAUAAUGGUAAUUUGAGCAAAAUAUGUUAUUACUAUUGAUCAAAAACUCUUUAGCUGAAGAACAUGUUUUUAUUUACAUCUAAUUUUUGUCUCAUUGUACUUAUAUUUGCCAUGUGUAUGAUCAUUUUUGUGUAUGAGGAACAUGAUAAUAGUAUAUAAGGAGAAGAAAAAAGAAAGGAAACAAUUUCUAUAUUUUGACUUCAAUGCUAAAAAGAUAGAUUAAAUUUACUUUCAAUGUAAAAGAAGAAAAAAGUAAGAAACUAAAAACCCCAUCAACAUCUUAAAAUAAAUAUCUCAUCAAAAGUACUACAAAAACAACAAUAAAAUGUUAAAAACCAAUCAAUCACUCAAUUGAUGAAAUAAUUAUUUACUUGAUCAACUACAACACUUACUCAUCCCUUAUAUAAAACGGCAAAUUUAUUCUGAAUAAGAUGAUAAAAAAUAAAAUCAUUUUUCAUUCAGAUUUAAUUUGAAAAUCAGAUAUCUCAGUCUAUUGUGAAGAUGUAUCCUGUACAAACCAUGUAUACAAUGGGAAAUCAGUUUAACUUUGAAAUUUAUGGUCCAACAUCCCUUUAUUCAUCUUUAACUUCAAAAGAAGGCCCAUCCAAUGGGAAGUGCCAACAGAAGAGUGCUUUAGGUAUACCCUGUGGUUCAUCAGGGACUUCCUCAGUUACAAAUAGCACUAAAAAACCUUACAAGUGUGACGUUUGUAGAAAGGGAUUUUCAAGACAGGUCAAUUUGUCCAAUCAUGAGGCGAUACCUGCUGACGAUAAGCAUUUCUAUUGCCAAUAUUGCAAAAAAGCAUUUUCGCAACGAGCACAUUUACGCACCCAUGAAUUUACCCACAUGGCUGAGAAACCUUUUAGCUGUACUUUUUGCAGUAAAACUUUUGCUCAGAGGACAAAUUUUGAUAACCACCGAAGAAUUCAUACUGGAGAAAGACCUUACCAUUGCUCUUUUUGUGAAAAAUCCUUUAGUCAACGUACCAAUUUGGACAACCACGAACGGACUCAUACAGGAAUUAAACCAUAUGUUUGUUCAGUGUGUAAAAAAUGUUUUUCUCAGAUCACAAACUUGAAAUAUCACGAACGGAUUCAUACAGGGGUAAAACCAUACCAUUGUGCCUUCUGUGAAAAGUCGUUCACUCAACAAACAGAACUUAAAAACCAUGAACGUACACAUACAGGCGAAAAACCUUUUCAUUGUACACUUUGUGAUAAAUCUUUUACCCAGAGAACGAACUUAAUUAAUCAUAGGCGUAUACACACUGGGGAAAAACCAUUUCAGUGUGGCUUUUGUGAUAAAUCUUUUGCUCAGCGCACAAAUUUGGAUAACCAUAAGCGCACACAUACAGGAGAAAAACCAUUCCAUUGUUCCUUCUGUGAAAAAUCAUUUGCUCAACGAACAAAUCUGGAUAAUCACCGAAGAACACACACUGGGGAAAAGCCAUUCGAUUGCAAUUAUUGUGGGAAAGGUUUUGCACAGCGUACAAACCUUGACAACCACAGACGAAUACAUACAGGGGAACAACCCUUAAGCUGUAACUAUUGUGGGAAAACAUUCGCCCAGAAAACAAACUUGGACAACCAUCAUAGAAUUCACACAGGAGAAAAACCAUUUACUUGCGAAGUGUGUGGAAAAUCUUUUUCCCAGCGUGCCAUCUUAGAUAACCACAGAAAAAUUCAUAAAGUCAAAUUACUUCAGUCAUGUAAGUCAUUCGACCAGAGAAAUGAGAGUGAAAUAGAAGCUGCUAGAAUAGAGGUGAACAACAGGACAUCAAAUGAAGAGGGUAAAUGCAAUCAGUCAGGAAGUAACCAACAACAAAAUACACCUGGAAUGCAGUCACUCAAUACAGCUGAUAUUGCUCGCCGAAAAUCAGCGUUUCCUCAGCGAUUAGAUGCAAAGAGCUAUAACCAACACAACCCUGUAGUAUCAAAUAACAGUGAAUCUUUUUUAAGGGAUUCUCAGCUAACACAGUCUAUACCAAGCCAUCGUAUGCAGUCUUCUUCAUUAUCAACCAGCUGGAUGAAUUCUCAGUUUCUACACCAAAUGCCACAGACAUGGGAAAAUAAUUAUGGCUGGCCCAGAGGUUUUCCCAUGACUUCUUUGUGGAACUCGGGUUGGACAAAUACACCAAGUACACUCUCUUGUGCAAUGAGACAAAACAAACCAGGAAUUGAAAUGGAGUUACACCAGAGAACUUGAUAACAUUUUAUAAGACUGGUUAAAUGUGGAGGAAUCAUGUUUGAUUUUUUAUUUGUUUGUUUCAUAGUUUUCUAGGUGAUUUGUGGAGGACAGUGCUUUCUGUAGAAGUUGUAUACAUUAGCUCUUUCUUUUUCUCUCACAUACAUACAUAUAUAC